GCACACACUCACACUCACGGCUGCUUCCAUCUAUCCAUGCAGUUCACUUCAUUGUACUGACUGUGUUCAUCAAUUAGAGAAGAAUUAAGCCGUUUUAAGUCCAGUAGUUAUCUUUUAGCACUUCCAAGGGGAUUAUAAACCGCGGACAGAGGCGCAGAUAAGUUUUGAGUGUGGGAAAGCGGAGAGAAACGAAACACAGAUAUGCCCUCAGUGAUGGAGCGCUCGGGGGCCGGGGUCCUGUCCAGGAGCAGAGCCAAGACCGUAACCAACGGCAACAGCCAGCCGCACUCUGAGGAGGAGAGCAGUGAUGAAGAACAUGCUCACGACAGUAUGAUCAGAGUGGGAGGAGACUACCAGGCUCAGAUCCCAGAGUUCAAACCAGACAGUCCAACCCGCUACAAUGAGAAGGACCAAAGGAGCAUGUUGGUGUGGUGUCCCAACAGUCAGCUCUCUGACGCAAUGUUGGACGAGUACAUCCUGAUGGCUAAAGAGAAACAUGGAUACAACAUGGAGCAGGCCCUGGGCAUGUUGUUGUGGCACAAACACGACGUGGAGCGCUCACUGGCCGACCUCGCUAACUUCACUCCCUUUCCAGACGAGUGGACGGUCGAGGAUAAAGUACUGUUCGAACAGGCCUUCAGCUUCCACGGCAAGAGCUUCCACCGCAUCCAGCAGAUGCUUCCAGACAAGCUGAUCUCCAGCUUGGUAAAGUACUACUACAGCUGGAAGAAGACCAGGACCAGGACCUCAGUCAUGGACCGACAGGCCAGGAGGCUGGUCAACAAGAGAGAGAAAGAUGACAGUAAUGAUGAGAUGGAGGAGGGAGACCCUGGCAGUGACAGUGACUUUGAGAUUGACACCAAGAAAGAGGCAGUGAAACAGAACCCCAGCAGCACCAGCUCCGACAAGGCCACCCCCAGUCGCUCUGGGCCGGUAAAGAAGGAGAAUAUUGGGGCUCAGUACCGCCACCACCCGCUCAGAGCCCGCCGCAGGCCACCCAAAGGCAUGCACCUGGAGCAGGGAGACAUCAUGUCCCUGUCAGCCUCUCAUGAUGCCGGGGUGCUAACUAUACGACAGCUGGACACACAGUUGGUGUCACUCAAGAGACAAGUUCAGUCUAUUAAACAGAACAACAGUAGUUUGAAACAGGGCCUAAGUGAAGGUGUUGACACUUUCAGACCUGCUGAGCCCACACCUAAGAUGAACUCUCGUUGGACCACAGAGGAGCAGCUCCUGGCUGUGCAGGCUAUCCGUCGUUAUGGUAAAGACUUUGCAGCCAUUGCAGAGGUGAUAGGAACCAAAACACCAGCUCAGGUGAGUUCGUUCUUCGUGAGCUACCGGCGCAGGUUCAACCUGGACGAGGUGCUGAGGGAGUGGGCGGCCGAGCAGGUGGCCACCAGCCGGGACCAGAGAGACCCGAGGAGGAGCGGCGAGGACAUUGCAGCAGCUACAGAUGGAGGCGCAGAGGAGGAAGAGGUCAAAAUGGAGGACUCUCCCUCAGACGCUGCCGGCGGCUCUUCUCCCCCCUCCUCCACCCAGACCCCAUCCUCCCUCUCCCAGCCUCCCCCGCUGCUGCGCCCCGCGCCUCCCUCAGCUCCCCCCAGCCUCCUCCGGCAGCCGCCUCCUCUCCAGACACGGCCACUUCAGAACCGAGCGCCCCACAACCACCCUCCACCUCCGCUCAUCCGGCCCGCCGUGACCUCCUCCUCCUCCUCCUCCACCGGGAACUCCAGCCUCAGGGCUUCUCCUCCCAGCUCCUCCUCCUCAGCGGGCCAGAUGCCUCCGUCGCUGGUCGGCCUCAAAGUGGAGCAGUCCAACUCGCACUGAUGACACACACACAUAUAACAGGAGUAGUAACACACACACACACACACAUACACACACAAAUUAGCAUGCAGACAAACACACAAACACAAUGCUGUCUCUUUUCUCAGAGAAAAUUCCUCCACCCUGUAACUCCAUCGCUCCUAGCCUUCAUUCCUGGGACCACGACACAUCACAUGAUCAGGAAAAGAGUGAGGGCCCCCUCAGCAAGUCCACUUUGUAAAGCAGUCCUCUGAAGCCCCUUAUUGUACUGACAAACACCUACCUCCAGACCAUAGUUCUCUAGUGUAACAUACACACACACACACACACACACAAAACUGGGAACUCAAAACUAAUACUACCUGCACACACCUCCCUGAACAAAACAAGAGACACUGGAUCAUCAAGCUGAUGAGGAAAGCCAUGACCACAGAGGGCAAACCCACCUGCUCGUCUCCAUGGCAACUGUUGAACAUCUGGAUUGCAGAGGAGUGUGACUGAACACACACACACACUAUAUAUAUAUAUAUAUAUAUAUAUAUCUAUACUGUAGGUUCCACUGGGCAAGUAUCAAGUCAUCCAAACAGCCUUCAGGGAAAAAAAAACGACAAAUAAACAAGGGAAAGAAAAGAUGACAAAACGGAGGAAGCGUUGCUCACAUCUGAGCCAAACCCCCACUCCUCCUCCUCCUGAGCGGUCGCGUAUAUUAGAAAAUCAUUCGGAUGGUUGGAAACGACGUGAAGAAAAAUACGCCUUUUCCUUUUGAGCUUUGCUUUAAAACUCAGACCCUCAAAGACGAGCGGGAAGGCACCUUUUCAAAGAAACCCACAGCUUUGUAAUCAGAGCUGCCAGUUUAUCACUGCGGCUUUUAACAGUUGGAACUGUUGGUUCAGAAUUGGGCAAAAAUGGAAAAAGAAGAGCAAGAGCUCACACCUCUCCCUCUUCUCUCAUAGCCAUGUAUUACUAGUAUUUACUGGAGUGUUUUCCUUUUUUUGACUAGACUUUUAAAGGUGAGCCCUAGAUAGGCAGUUAGUGACUGUAAGUAGUUUAGAUAGUGCAUACUUUAUUAUUAUGAUGAUGAUAAUUAUUGACUGAGCACUAAGGAGAAAAAGAGCCUUUACACGUGUGACUGGACUGUGUCUCACAUUUCAACCAGACAUUUUGCCACAGCUUCUUUUCACUGGCUCAGUGUUGAAGUCCCACUGCUUUAUGUCUGUUCCUUAUGAGGGAGAUUUUCAGUUGUUGUCAACCCCAAACACUGGUCGCUGUGAAGAGCAGCUGAACUAAACAUUUUCUGGGAUGACUCUCUCUGACCUCCUACAGAUUUGCGUACACUGAAGAAGAAAAGGAAAUGUUCUGCCAAAGUCUGUUAUUGCUUUAAAAGCACAUUGUCCCACAUUGUUUUUCCUUGUCUCUGGUUAGCUGAGCAUCAGAGAGGAGUCUUUGUACGGUCGUAACUUAGCUUAGCACAAUGCAAAAGGCUGGUUCUAUCCAAAGGUAACAAAAUCAACCCAACAGCACGUCUGAUGCUGUAAAUAACACAUUUCUUUAGUUUCAUUUGUACAAAAAACUCCAAGUUGAACUUUGCUGUUGCUUACAGCUGGACUAUUUCUACUUCUUUUCCUCGAGUCUCUGCAGGUUGCCAGGCAACUCGUUCCCAACCAAGAAACAGUCCAGCACCUGCUAAACCUUAAAGCAAGGGGCUGUGGUUUUCACACUUUGCUUUUAUGGAUUAAAUGAAUGAAAUGCAACAUGUUAAUUAUUGGUUUUUGGAGGAGCUGGUCAGAGGAGUUGGUACCUUUGGACAGAGGCAGCCUGUAUUUCCCUCUGUCCACAGUCUUUAUGUUGACUGCUGCUGAUAGCCUCAUUUAACAUAUGUCAGUGUUCAGCUAUCUCUAGGCAAGACAGCGACUAACUAUUCAUUUAAACGUUUCCAUACGACCGGUUGGCUGAGAUGAUUUUGUUAGAUUUACAAAGAUGUGAUGACGUCUCUGUGAAGCCUUCUGAGUCCAGUUAAGGCAGCUCUCUCUCUGUCCAGGAACAGAGGGUCAAAGGGCACAUGGAAGAAGUUUCUGCUGUAAUAUCAACCAGUGAAUUAAUUUAGACGAUGAUCUGUCAGGAGAUGCUGCAUUUUCUCUCCCUGCCCUGCCACAGUGCAGCUCUCUGCCUCUGAAAUGCUCCUCACUCGUCUUAAGGUUGUGAUAUCAGGCAACGUCAUGAACAAAUGUAACUGAACAAUAUUUUUCAGUGACACCUUCAUUACUUGUGUUAGUCUCAUGCUGAAUCUUGCUUCUAACACUGCAGCUGCCUGUGUGUCUCUGCCUUCUCCAGCAGAUGUGGGAUCACAUGCUCUUUAAACUGAUCAGUGCUGCUGCUUUCACACAGUCUCACGUCACUGUCAGCACAGGCCUUCAGCGUUCACUGUAACGCGGCACUGAGUGGGAAUCGAAGCGCCCCAUCGCUACAUUUGGCUUUAAAGUGGCUUUGCCUUUUGACUUUGCUUGGACUUGUUUUCCUCCAUUUGUUCCUUUUGUGUCAGAAACUGCUUGUGUGUACUGGAUGUGAGAAGUUGUUUACAUUGUGGAAACUGAA